UAGCGUGGGGGCCGAUAAUAACAGUCCGGAGCAUCUGAGCUGCUUGUCUGCAGAGCUGUGCUUGGGGAAAACAGCCCUGUAAACUUGGGGGGAACAGGGUGGGAAAAUUGCUCUGCAGACUGUCCUGCCGAAGCCCAGAUCUGCUCGUCUGCCUGCUGCCAUAGUGGUUGAAAGCUGUAUAUCAGCAGAAGUUGCUGCUGCUGUUGAUGUGAACACUGUUGCUAACGAAGUGUACAAACACAACUUUCCCAGCACGCCAUUGUGGGCAAAGACAAUUGAGGGCAUAACACUGGCGGAGUUAAACAGAUUAUCUUUUGAUAUGAUUUUGAUGAGUCCUCCAUGUCAGCCAUUUACAAGAAUUGGCCUGCAAGGUGAUGUAUCUGAUCCAAGGACAAACAGUUUUCUUUACAUCCUGGAUAUUCUCCCAAGGCUCCAGAGGCUACCAAAAUAUAUACUUUUAGAAAAUGUGAAAGGAUUUGAAACGUCUUCUGCCAGAGACAAACUUGUAGAAACACUAAAGAAGUGUGGAUUUAAAUACCAAGAAUUUCUCUUGUCUCCAACAUGUCUUGGCAUUCCCAAUUCCAGGCUGCGAUAUUUUCUGAUUGCAAAGCUUCAGUCAGAGUUAUUUUCCUUUCAAGCUCCUGGUCAGAUAUUGGAAAAUUUCCCAGACCAGGAGCCAAAAGCUUCAGUGAAGCACAGAGUUGCUGCAGGCUUGGAAAAAGAGAGCUCCUUCAUGCCACCCAAAGAGGAAUACAUUGAUCCAAAUUCUGGUUCUGAUUGUGGCACUGGACAGUGUUCGCAGAAGGAAGCGUUCGUUUUUAAACUAGAAACAGCAAAAGAAAUGGAAAAAAAGUGGAACCAGGACAGUGAUCUCUCUAUUCAAAUGCUAAAAGACUUCCUUGAAGAGGAUGGAGAAGAAACGAGUCAGUACUUCUUGCCACCAAAGGCCUUACUGCGCUAUGCUUUUCUGUUAGACAUUGUGACACCCAGCUGCAGGAGAUCCACAUGCUUCACAAAAGGGUAUGGUCACUAUGUAGAAGGAACAGGCUCAGUGCUGCAGACAGCAGAGGAUGUGCAGCUAGAAUCAGUGUUUAAAUCCAUUGAGAUGCUAUCAGAAGAAGAGAAGCUUAUGAAAUUGUCAACACUAAAACUGCGAUAUUUUACUCCUAGAGAAAUAGCAAAUCUCCAUGGAUUCUCUCCAGAAUUUGGGUUUCCUGACAAGAUAACAAUGAAGCAACGCUACCGCCUCCUGGGAAACAGUCUCAAUGUACAUGUAGUGGCUAAACUGAUCUCACUUCUGACCCGAUGAUUUUGAACCCAAACUUGAUGAGAUCUGUCUGGCAUAGGUCCUGCUAACUCAGAAUAUACUUUCCUUCUUUGAGAGACUUAGUAAAAGUUGUAGCAGCUUUAUAAAAAUCAUCACUAACAUUUUAAAUGUCCAUGCAAAGUAUCUAUCUGGAAUAGAUUUAUUCUGCUGAACAACUGGUAUAUCUUGAAUACCUUUGUUUAUGGAAGAUCUGAACUGUUGGAGCUAUUAAAAUGGAAGUUGCCAAUACUUGUCCUAUUUAAAUUUUAUUUUUAUCUUGUAAAAUACGAACUGCAGUACUUGCCAAUGAAAACAGGUAAAACUGUCACUUCAUCUUAAAACAAGUCUGUCUAGAAGUUGUCGUUUAGAAUAAAAAAUAUGUGACAGGCAGUUAUUUUAAUAAAGUUCAGAUAAUGUGUUCUACGUGUAGAAUAUCUUUAGCUGUAAAUAUUAGCUUGUUCUAUUCUUAAAAAAAAAGCUACUGUGAAUAUCUUCUGAUUUAUUGUAAUUUUGAUACGUUUUUACAACAAAUGUAACUUUUUUGUAAAACUAAGUUCAGUAUUUAUAUAUAAUAUUUUUUAAAUAGACAUGAUGCCAAAUCUAACACAAGUAUCCAUCUAAUCUUUCUAGGUACUUAUGACCCCAGCUCACAAUCAUGGCUGAGCCUGGUGUGAAUUGUUUAAUGGUAACCUAAGAAAAAUUGCAACCCUGACACUGACCUCACUGAUCAUGUGCUACCUUUUCAUAGAAUCAUAGAAUAUCAGGGUUGGAAGGGAUCUCAGGAAGUGAUCUAGUCCAAUCCCCUGUUCAAAGCAGGACCAAUCCCCAACUAAAUCAUCCCAGCCAGGGCUUU